AUGUUAAAGUACUAAAAAAAGAAUUCACAUAUGUUUAAAAAUAGUGUAUAGGGAUUUUUGAGUGGAUUAGAUAUGUUUGGACAACCUCCGGUAUUAAGGAUUUUAAAAAAAAAUAAAUUCACUACAUCAACUGGCUUCUUUUGUUCAUCAGCCAUCACCACAAUCUGUGUACUUUAUUUAAUUUAUUAAAUCAAAUAAUUAUAUGAUCGAAAAAGCCCGAUUGUUGUAUUUUCAGAGUAUUAAAUGACUGACACUGCUGUAAGACUUUUUAAUUAUUUAAGCCUGUUCCUUUAUUGAUGAAUAACUUUACGAUGGCAAUUUCAGUGGCAAAUCUUAGUUUGAAUGCUCUUUCAACUUUAAAUACACAUUUUACUCUUACAGUGAAAAACUGCAUGAGAUUAAGAGUGAUUGAUGAAGUAACAGGGAAAACUAAAAUAUAGCAGAAGUAUCUUAUGACUUUAGUAUCAAAGUUGUACAGAAUAUCCAACAGAAGCGUGCAGCGAUAAACACUUUGUUACAAAUAUUUAAAAACAAUAUUUUUCAUCCAUCAAUUUAGGUUAUACCCAAUGUCUAAACUAUGAAUAAUGGCAAAAAUCCCCUCCAGUAACUUAUUAUUGAUAUCUUAGAUUCUGUAAGGCCAAAUUGCUGGCAAAACUUAUUAAUAUAUCACAAUUAUGAUUUAAGAAUGCAAGAACUCUACUACUUAUAAUUAAUGUGCACCCAUUGAAAGUAUUUAAAAAGAAUUGAAAACAGGUUACUAUGUGGUUCACUUGUCAGAUAACCUAGUGCAAAUGAAACAGCCCGGUUAUCCGUUUUCAGAAUAUAUCUCGCUUUAAUAUACAACAAUGUCAAUAGCUAAUUCAAAAACCAUAAUUUAAAAUUUAAAAGUCACUAAUGUCAUAACCGAUAAUGGACUUAUUACUGAUGAUAAGACUGAGACUUCAAGUUUGAUUUAGUACACUAAUCGUGAGUCGCAAGAGGAAUACAACGAUCAAUUUAUAGUUCUUCAUUAUAUCACUCUGGAUCAAAGAUAGGCUGAAUAUUCUAGAUCUUAUGCUAAAGUAUAAGCCAUCUUAAGUACAAUAGGAGGACUCUAUUAGGUUUUGUUUUUAUCUAUUUGCUCUAUUUUAAGACCAUUGAUUUAAAAAUUUAUGAAUCUUCAGAUGGCAAACAAAUUAUUCAGAUUCGAGGAUGCAGAUGAUUGUUUUGAUGAUGAUCAAAAUGUUUAAGAAAAUUUUAUUAUUUAAUCACCUAAAUAAUAAUCAUCUCAACGAGUAUUAGAUUUUGACAUGAAAAAAUCUUCAUUUUCAAAAUCCUUAGGAAAAUCUCUCAAGUCAAAGAAUUUUGAUAAAAUUUAAGACUCUAAAACUAUGAGUUAAUUUUUGAAGUCUAAAAAAUAAUCAUUAAAUUUAACCUUAAGAGACAUGAUUGUUAUGAGUUUUGGAUGCAAGAAAAAAGAGUAAAUGUAAAUCCAAUAUGCAACCGAUAAAUUUAUGUCUAAGUUAGAUGUUGCAUAUAUAAUAUCUAAAAUUUAUGAGAUAGACAAAUUGAAAUUGGUUUUAUUGAAUGAAGAUUAAUUGUAAUUAUUUAAUUAUUUACCAAAACCUGUGAUUCCUUCUGCACUAUUUGGAAAUGAUGCAGAAAAGAAAGUUAAAGAAAUUGAAUCAAAAAAAGCAUAUUAAUUUAUAUUGCAAGAUGAAAAGUCAGAUCUCCUAAAACUGCAAGAGGCAUUUAUAUCUUUUGCAAAAUUAAAAAAGAAAAAGGAAUUAAGCUAAAUAGAUAAAAACAUUAUUGAAAUUUUAGAUGAAGAUAUUAUUGAAUUGUUCUACACAUUAAAUAAGGAUCAAACCAAAUUAGACUAGAUCUUUAAUUAAAAGCUGAGUUUGAAUCUUUAAGUUUCAGAACCUGAUUAUAAGAGAUCUCACUCAAUCGUUGAUGUUGACUGUUCAGAUGAUUUGCCAAACUCGAUUCCCUAUUUGAGAUCGAGAUCAUGA